UACCAAACCGCCCAACCUAUAUGAAACCGUGGCGUUGUUCCGCCGUCUUACAAAAAUUAGGGGCUCAAAGUACAUCGUUGCAACCAUAGGGGUCCAUGUAUAAAUUCGGUUUCUCGCACGUGAUAAGAUCUAGCAAUUUUCUAUGUUCCGUCACUUUGAUAUCCUUAAUUAACUUAACCCCGUGUCCCACGGAAGUGGAACUCCUCAAUUUCCACUUAAAGAGAAGUCUCAUCGCCCAUUCCGAAUAGGAGGAGAAUUGAACUGAAAUGGCUGCGGCGUUUUCUUCACUUGUUGGACAGCCACGGGCCAUACUUUCAGCUUCUCCGACAGUCAGUUUUAGUCAAAUCCGGAAACCGGCGAAUUUCCCCUUGCAAAACUCAAGGUUUCUUUUGGUGAAUUCAAGCUCUGUCCCUCGAACUUGUACCAUGGCUAUGGUUGGAGACGAUAAAGUUGAUCCUGCUAGAGAUGACCACUCAAUUAAUUGGCCUUCCUAUGAUCAUCCAAAGGUUGUUGAUGCUACUCCAGGGUUUCAGGAGCGAGAUUUCACGGCCACCCCGUACAUUCCCGUAUAUGUUAUGCUACCUAUGGGCAUCAUCAAUAUGGAAUGUGAAAUUGUGGACGCUAAUAAUCUGGUUAACCAACUAAAGAUCUUGAAGUCAGCUAAGGUGGAUGGGGUUGUCGUGGAGUGCUGGUGGGGUAUAGUGGAGGCACAAACCCCACAAAGAUAUAAUUGGAGUGGUUACAAGAGGCUUUUUGAAAUUGUUCGAGAUCUUAACUUAAAACUGCGGGUGGUAAUGUCAUUCCAUGAAUGCGGAGGAAAUGUCGGUGAUGAUGUUCAUAUUCCUCUUCCACAAUGGGUUACAGAAAUUGGUUAUAGAAAUCCUGACAUAUUUUUUACCGACAAAGAUCUAAGAAGAACCCAUGAAUGUCUCACCUGGGGAGUUGACAAUGAGCGUGUUUUAGGAGGACGAAUUGCUCUUGAGGUUUACUUUGAUUUCAUGAGAAGCUUCCGCGUGAAGUUCGAUGAGUUCUUUGAAAAUGGAGUCAUCUCUGAGAUUGAAAUUGGACUUGGUCCAUGUGGAGAAUUGCGAUACCCUUCUCAUCCUGUAAAACUUGGUUGGAAAUAUCCUGGUAUUGGUGAAUUUCAGUGCUAUGAUAAGUACUUGUUAAAUAGCUUGAAAAAGACAGCGGAGGCAUCCGGAGGCUCAUCCUGUGGUAAAGUACCUUGGAAUGCAGGUUCUUACAAUUCGAAACCACAAAACACCGAGUUUUUUCGUGAUGGUGGAGAAUAUAAUAGCAUUUAUGGUAGAUUUUUCUUGAAAUGGUACACUCAAGUUUUAAUUGAUCAUGGUGAUCAAGUACUUGGCUUGGCAAAUUUGUGUUUUAAAGGCACUCCUAUAGCAGCAAAGCUACCAGGAAUCUAUUGGUGGCGCAACGAUAAGAAUGGUGCAGCUGAAUUAACAGCUGGCUUUUACAGCGUUAAGUGUCGUGAUGGCUAUUCUCCAAUUGCGUUAAUGUUAAAGAAGCAUGGGGCAGCUCUGAAUUUCACAUGUCUUGAAUUGCACACAGUUUAUCGGGAUAUUGACUUUCCAGAAGCAUUAGCUGACCCGGAAGGACUAGUUUGGCAGGUGCUAAAUGUUGCAUGGGAAGCCUACAUACCGGUUGCUGGUGAGAAUACAGGUCCAUGCUACCAUAGAGAAGGCUACAACAAGAUCUUGGAAAAUGCGAAGCCUAGGAAUGAUCCAUUUGGUAGACACUACAUAUCUGGGUUUACCUACCUCAGGCUGAGCCCAACUCUACUGGAGAAACACAAUUUCAUGGAGUUUGAACGAUUUGUGCAGAAGAUGCAUGGUGUACAAUGUAACUAUCUGAGUUGGAGUCAUUUCUGGAAUCUGGAAUAAAUUCCUGUGGCAGCCCCAGGAAUUUAAGGGUCAUUCCAUAUUUCGAAGUUAUGACAACGUCUGAGUUCUUUAUUGUUAGAGAUUGAUAAUGUCCUGACUGUCAUAUUUGUUCAAAAUGCGACCUCAAAAUCACUUCCUUUUUAGGAUUUGUUUUUUUUCCUUUGAAAGAUAGGUAUCUUAUAUUGCACCAGUGAUUUAACAAAUUCAUUUUGCAGUGUCA